AUGGAGCCCGCCGAGCUGGAGCACGCGCUGAGCAGGACCCCCUCCUGGAGCAGCUUUGGGGGACCCGAGCAUCAAGAGAUGAGCUUCCUAGAGCAAGGAGACAGCACUUCAUGGCCAUCACCAGCCAUGACCACCAGCGCAGAAAUAAGCCUUGGGGAACAGGGGACCAAGGUCUCAAGAUGGACAAGCCAGGAGGCUGUAGAGGAAGGGGAGCUCCCAGGCCUGAAGGGAGGUCCCCAGUCCAGGCCAGCUGCUGAGUCCACCAGGCUGGAGGCCACAUUCCCCAAGGCCACACCCUUGGCCCAAGCCACUCCCUCGUCCGGGGUGGGCACCCCCACAACAGAGCGAGACAGCCUCCCCUCUGACUGUUCAGCCUCUGCUUCUGGCUCCAGCACAGAUGAUCUGGAUCUGGGCAUAGAGUUCUCAGCCCCAGAAGCAUGGGGGGAUGAGCUCGGCCUGGUGGAAGAGAGGCCGGCCCAGUGCCCGUCCCCGCAGGUGCCAGUACUCAGGCUGGGCUGGGACGACGAGCUGCGGAAGCCGGGGGCCCAGAUCUACAUGCACUUCAUGCAGGAGCACACCUGCUACGAUGCCAUGGCAACCAGCUCCAAGCUAGUCAUCUUCGACACCAUGCUACAGAUCAAGAAGGCCUUCUUUGCCCUGGUGGCCAACGGCGUUCGGGCUGCACCUCUUUGGGACAGCAAGAAGCAGAGCUUUGUGGGGAUGCUGACUAUCACAGACUUCAUCUUGGUUCUGCAUCGCUAUUACCGGUCCCCCCUGGUCCAGAUCUAUGAGAUUGAAGAACACAAGAUUGAGACCUGGAGGGAGAUCUACCUUCAAGGCUGCUUCAAGCCUCUGGUCUCCAUCUCUCCCAGUGACAGCCUGUUUGAAGCCGUCUACACCCUCAUCAAGAACCGUAUCCACCGCCUGCCAGUCCUGGACCCAGUCUCAGGCGCCGUGCUGCACAUCCUCACACACAAACGGCUUCUCAAGUUCCUGCACAUUUUUGGCACCCUGCUGCCCCGGCCCUCCUACCUCUCCCGCACCAUCCAAGAUCUGGGCAUUGGCACAUUCCGAGACUUGGCUGUGGUGCUGGAAACAGCACCCAUCCUCACUGCACUGGACAUCUUUGUGGACCGGCGUGUGUCUGCGCUGCCGGUGAUCAAUGAAGCUGGACAGGUCGUGGGCCUCUACUCCCGCUUUGAUGUGAUUCACCUGGCAGCCCAACAAACAUACAACCACCUGGACAUAAGUGUGGGAGAAGCCCUGAGGCGGAGGACACUGUGUCUGGAGGGAGUCCUUUCCUGCCAGCCCCACGAGACCUUGGGGGAAGUCAUCGACCGGAUUGCCCGGGAGCAGGUGCACCGGCUGGUGCUUGUGGAUGAAACUCAGCACCUGCUGGGCGUGGUGUCCCUCUCCGACAUCCUUCAAGCUCUAGUGCUCAGCCCCGCUGGCAUCGACGCCCUCGGGGCCUGA